AUAAUGUUUUUAAUAAAUGUAUUCUGUUCAAAUAUCGUUCAUUGCUGCGCGCGCGUAUUGAAUGUAAUGAUUUAUGUGAUUCAGAUUAUAUAUAUAUAUGUUAUAUUUCCUCUAAUUCUUACACUAAUAAUUCGUGUUAUGCGCAAAACUAUUCUUACAGUGUCAUUUUCAAAAUAAAUUGUUUAUUCAAAUUCAAAAAAUCUAAAAAAAAUUUUUAAAAUGGCAGAUAUGUCAAUGAAUAUUGUUACUCCGCGAAAAAUGUCUUUUGGUAUUAAUGGAAAGUUAAACGGUUUAGAAAGCAAAACACCUUUUUUAAUUGGAGUUUCAGGUGGUACUGCCAGUGGGAAAUCAACUGUAUGUAAACGUAUAAUGGAAAAACUAGGACAAGUAGAUAUGGAUCAUAUGCAACGACAAGUAGUUUGUAUUUCACAAGAUAGUUUUUAUCGAGAUUUAUCACCAGCUGAAAAACUUAAAGCUGAAAAGGGUCAAUAUAAUUUUGAUCAUCCAGAUGCAUUUGAUAAUGACUUGAUACUUCAAACAUUACAAGAUAUAUUAGCUGGUGUAAAAUGUGAAAUACCAGCCUAUGAUUACAGAAGUAACAGUUUAAUGAAAGAUCAAAUUACAACAAUUUAUCCUGCUGAUGUUGUUUUAUUUGAAGGUAUUUUAGUGUUUUAUUUUCCUAAGAUACGAGAUUUAUUUCAUAUGAAGUUAUUUGUGGAUACUGAUUCAGAUACUAGAUUAGCUAGAAGAGUACCAAGAGACAUAAAAGAAAGAGGAAGAGACUUAGAUUAUGUAUUGAAUCAAUACAUGAAUUUUGUAAAACCUGCAUUUGAAGAAUUCUGUCUUCCUACUAAAAAGUUUGCUGAUGUUAUUAUACCAAGAGGUGCAGACAAUACAGUGGCAAUAGACCUUAUAGUGCACCACAUCUGGGACAUUUUGCGUUUGAAAAAGGCUGAAAACUCAUCCAGGCAGCAUCCAUACAUCUAUCAACAUAGGCGUACUUCGACUAACUCAUCCGAAACGCUCAGCAGAUGAUUUUAGCAUGAUAUGCGCACUUAUAAACAUUACACUUUUAUAUACCAUAUAUUGAUGUAGGAUAAAGUUUGCAGUAAUCUUAAAUCUUUUUUUUUAAAUACAAAUAUAUCUCUUAUAUACUUAUA